CAAUCUUCCACUGUGAUUGAAAACAAAUUAAGGCUGGUGUUGGUUUUUGGAAAGGCAGCAAUUCUUCUGAACCUAUGUGUGGUGAUUUUCUGAUUUCCAGAAGUUCUUGCCUCACUGAUACCUUGCAAUUUCUGAACUUCCCUCAGACCACUGAGGAACCACUUAGGUUUGCUAUAAACCAGUGUUUUUCAAACCUGGCAAUUUUAAAAUUCUUCAAUUUCCAGCAUAUUGACUGGGGAAUUCUGGGAGUUGAAGUCCAUACAUCUUAAAAGUUGCCAGGUUUCAAGAACACUAUUAUAAACCCAGUCAGGUUCUAUCUUAACCUUGGAGUAAGAAAAGUAAUAGUAUUGCCUCUUCGGUCUUUUAAAGUUGGCAACAGAUUUGCAUCUUGUGCUAAAUUAUAAAAGGGUUUAUCCUUGGUUUCAGUUUAAUAUCUGCUGUGAAUCCAGCCAUUAUGGCUUAAUGGGCUGUACAAAUAUACCCAAUGUUUUAUUAAAUGCACAUCUAUGAAUCCAACUAUCUUAGCCUUUUUUAAAAAAAAUGCUAUUAAAAGUUAUUUCUGUGCUAGAAUUCAGCAAUAGGGUGCAUUUAUAAAAAAAAAACCUUACAAUAAAAAGUUCCUUCUCGUUUCCGAGUAUACAAUUAGGGAAACAGCCUCUUUUUAAUAAAGUCACACAUAAAUGUGUGUUUUCAGGGAAAAUUUAAUUCUACAACUUUAUUUCAUUGUAUGAGGAAACUUUAUAGAAAUGAAAAGACAAUCCCUUCUAACAAUAUAUCAAUUUCAUUUUUAGCAACAUAGGAAGCACAAAACAUUCUUCUCUAAUGGAGGAAGAUGCUACUCCUCUUCUAAUUCCUGUGGGAGGUGAUGAAAAUGAUCUCGGAAUUCUUAAUAUUCAGUUCAGCCCAGAAGAUCUGAAAAGCAAAAGGCCAUUCCACGUAGAACCAACAAACAUUGUCAGGGUCAACGAUGAUGCACAGAGAGUAACAGAUGAAGCUUCAGCAAUGAACAAGCGGAUUCACUACUACAACAGACUCACUUCGCCUUCUGACAGAGCAUUGGUGGCUCCUGAUCAUGUUCUUCCUGCUCCAGAAGAAAUCUAUGUGUAUAGUCCUUUGGGCACCGCUUGCAAAAUUGAUAGCUCUACUGAUGGUUCUGGCAAAAAUUCCAGUAUAGUAACAAUAUUCAUGAUCUGGAAUACAAUGAUGGGUACAUCUAUAUUAAGUAUUCCCUGGGGAAUAAAACAGGCUGGAUUUACUACUGGAAUCUGUAUUAUUCCGCUGAUGGGCAUGCUGACUCUUUAUUGUUGCUACAGAGUUGUGAAAUCCAGGUCAAUGAUACCUUCAGUAGAUACCUCAACUUGGGAAUUCCCAGAUGUUUGCAAAUAUUACUUUGGAUCUUUUGGUCAAUGGUCUAGCCUUUUAUUUUCACUGGUGUCCCUUAUUGGAGCCAUGGUGGUUUACUGGGUGCUAAUGACCAAUUUCCUUUUCAAUACUGGAAAGUGUAUUUAUAAUUAUAUUCAUGAUAUUAAUGUAACAGACAUUGUUCCUGGUACAAAUGGAAGCAGUAGAGUAAUAUGUCCAAGUGACAGUAACCAUAAAGUACCAGGAAACGAAACUUUUGAAUUUACUUCUAUCGGUGCUGUUGGAUUUGAGGAAUUUGAAAAGUGGUGGGACAAAUCCAAAACCGUUCCAUUUUAUUUGACCAUCAUUCUUCUACUGUUGAAUUUUAAAUCUCCAUCUUUCUUUGCCAAAUUUAACAUAUUAGGUACUGUCUCUGUCAUUUAUUUAGUUAUUCUUGUUACUGUGAAAGCUGCUCUUCUAGGAUUCCAUUUAGAAUUUGAUUGGACUGCAACAAAUAUAUAUUUUGUGCCAGAGUUCAGGAUCUUUUUUCCUCAGCUUACAGGAGUGCUGACCCUGGCUUUCUUUAUCCAUAAUUGUGUAAUUACGCUACUUAAGAAUAACAGGAACCAAGAAAAAAAUGUCAGAGAUCUUUCAAUUGCUUACUUUUUAGUCAGUUUUACGUAUCUCUAUGUUGGGGUGCUAAUCUUUGCUUCUUUUCCAUCUCCACCAUUGAGCAAGGAGUGUAUAGAACAGAAUUUUUUAGAUAAUUUCCCCAGUAAUGACAUCAUGUCAUUUCUUGCAAGAAUAUUCCUGCUGUUCCAGAUGGUUACUGUGUACCCACUGCUUGGUUACUUGGCACGAGUUCAGUUUUUAGGACAUGUCUUUGGGAAUGUUUAUCCAAGUUUUUUCCACGUGCUGGUUUCGAACAUUAUCAUUGUAGGAAUCGGAGUUACAGUGGCCAGAUUUUAUCCAAAUAUAGGGGGAAUCAUAAGAUAUUCUGGAGCAACCUGUGGCCUCGCCUUUGUAUUUGUAUACCCAUCCAUCAUCUAUAUCAUCUCUUUGCAUCGGGAAAAUCAGCUGACGUGGUUUGCACUAAUCAGCCAUUUUUUGAUAAUUCUUCUAGGAGUGGCAAAUCUGAUGGCACAAUUUUUAAUUUGAAAAUCAGUCUCAAAUCAGAGUUCUUUCUUUGCAAGAGGUGCAGGAGGACCAAAAGGUUACCUUGAACAGUAUUAUAAAAAAUUGUAUCCUGCAGUAUUAUAAAAGUUAUGCAGCAGUAGAUAUGCCGACUGCCCUCUUUCAAUCUUAGUGUGUUCCAGAGAAAACAGCUUUUAAAAGAACCAAAAAUAACAAAGAAACUUUAAAAAAAUGGAGGCUGCAUCUUGGAAUAUGAAGCACCAAAGCAAAUGGAAGGAACUCAGUGAAUUCCUGCUGCAACUUCAAGUAGAAAUGGAAACUAUUUGGGAAUUAUUAAGUUCUUUUUAUAAAUUAUAUAUAUAUAUUUUCUAUGUGGGAAAAGCCAUCUAAGAAACUGUAGGAAAAUAAACAAGGGAUUUUAUUGAAUUAGAAAACUAUAUAUUGCUACUGUUAAAAAGAGUGUUUUGAAUUCUUUUACUGUUGAAAUUCAGCACAUAUUAAAUUGUGAAAAACCGGCUAACAUUAAACUAUAUCUUUUGU